AUGGAUCUCUCUCAAGAUCCACCAGAGGACUUUACCAGAUCCUCAUCCAAAAAACGAAUGGGUAGACCAUUAGGCUCGAAGAACAAGCCCAAACCACACAUUGUUAUCGAGGAAGACACACAAAACUUCACAGAACUAGUUGGACUUGAGAUCCCAAUAGGAGAAGAUAUUGUAGAGCAUAUAAUCAAAUAUGCUCAACAACGUCACGCCAACAUAAGAGUGUUGAGGGGUUUCGGUCUUAUCUCUAAUGUUACCAUUCUUGAUCCAGUAACUCGCGACCCAUUAUUACCCAUUGAAGGACCCAUACAUAUGACAUCUUUAUUUGGAACAUAUAUAAAUCCAAAUUGUCAAUGUUCUCCUCCACAGUUCAUAGCUCAUCCACCAUGUUCCUCUUUUACUGUAUACUUCUCUAGUCCUAAUGCAUAUGUGUUUGGAGGAGUUGUUGUUGGAAAAAUUACUGCUGCUAGUGUUAUUUUUAUUAAUGCCACUCUUUCUAGAAAAACUGCAUUCCACAAGACGGUCUCCACCAAUAGAAAUGUUUGA